AUGACCGCUCCUUCUACGGGACAACACCAGGCGUUUGCUGUCCUGGCGGCUGUGCAAAGCGCGGUGGCCUGUGCGCUGCGGCGGGACGCGACCAGCAGCCUGUCGGAGCAGGACUUCUUCUUCUGCAAGUCCCUGGCGCUGCGCGAGAAGCGCGGCUGCGGAAACUCGUGGGGCAUGCGCAGCGGGAUCGAGGCGUUCAUGGCCAUGGUGGACGCGAAGAAGCUUCCCGUCACAGAAACGUGCCUGCCGUACGAUCCAGGCAACCCCAGCUGCAGCUACGAGUGUUCCAACGUCGAGCCAUCCCUGCAGCAGGGAGUCUUUGAGUUCCAGGCGCUAACCACCGACUGGGAGAUGCAGAAACACAUCAGGCUGUUUGGUAGCGUAGUUACACGGCUCAACAUCUUCGAUGAUUUCAAGAAGUUUUUUGAGAGCAACCCAAAUGGGGUCUACACCGGCCAUGGCCCCAAGGCUACUUACAAGGAAAGCCAUGCUGUCGUGCUCGUUGGCUAUGAUCUUGACAAGAAGUACUGGCUCGUCAAGAAUUCCUGGGGAGUCAACUUUGCCGCCAGCGGGUUCUGCAAGGUGGCAUUUGGCGUCGACGGCGUCGGCUACCCCGAGGACACGUUUGGCAUAUCCUUCAUGCCUGACAAGCCCCCUCCUAAGCCCCGCAACAGACUCUCUAACUCUAGUCGCCCGGGCUGCUACAAAUACCGCACACUGCCGAGCGACUAUGUGUCCAAGGUUGCCACCACCUGGGGUAUGCCCAUUCAGCAGCUGCUGCUGGACAACCUGGACAGCAUCCCCGAGACGGACAGAUUGCUGGGAGACAUGACGCUCACGCUCUGCGGCAUCACGCUGGACGACACGCCCGCGGCACCAGGCAGACACAAGUCUGGCUUUGGGGGCGGCGGCAGCAGCGGCAGCGACAAGUGUGACAAGUGCAAUGUGCCAGUUUCAGCGGGCGGCUGCAAAUGCGACAAGAACUGCGAUUGCCGCAGCGCUCCUGGUAGCGGUAGCAGCAACGAGUGUGACAAGUGCAACGUGCCAGUGUCGGCCGAUGGCUGCAAAUGCGACAGCAACUGCAAUUGCCGCAGCGCUCCAAGCAGCGGCGGCGGGAGCAGAAACGAGUGUGACAAGUGCAACGUGCCAGUGUCGGCCGGCGGCUGCAAAUGCGACAGCAAUUGUGACUGCUUGUGA